AUGAGAUUACGGAUUCAGACUUGUCAACCACUCCCAGAACUCAAGGUUUGGUUUAUACCAGACGAUAAAGAUGCACCAGUCACCAUUUAUGAUCUCAAAGAGGCCCUAUGUCAGCGAAUUCCUCCCGUAAACGAGUCGCGUCUCCUUGGUCACGAUCUUGGUCUAUUUCUUGAUGACUUUGAGCUCUUGGACGAUAGCCCGUUCAGCGCCGUGAGAGAUGGUGAUCUAAUAUGUAUCAAGGCUGCUUCCUCCGUGCAGGCUAUGACAGUGAAGGUUGAGGGUUCGUCGGAGGUGGCUCGCGCGCAAAAGCGGAAACGGUCUCCGACCUCUGCAAAUUCUAUAUUGAUACCCGGACGCUCUGUAAGGACUCCUACGGUGGUUCCGAAGCACAAAGAGCAAAUCAGGUCCGACCAUUCUGACUCGGACUCUUCGGACUCGUCAUCCUCUACAACUUCAUCCUCCUCUACAUCUUCCUCUUCGUCAUCAUCUUCAUCGUCCACGACAUCGUCGUCAUCUUCAUCAUCUCCUCCGGUACCGCAAACAUCCAAGGUACCGCAGACAUCCCCUAAGGUUCAACACACACCUCCCGGACACGGGUCAUCUGAGACGCACGCACGCAACCUCCGCCGUCGGUAUAAAAAGCAAGCGGAGCGUGAAGAAGUGCAGCGGCCCAAGACUCUGUCCGAGCCACCCCCGCCCCCACCAACGUCACAACAACAACGGCCGAUGAGUUUACAACCGUAUCCAAUUUUACAAUCGCCUUCUCUUCCAGAACAACCUUCAUCUUCGCCCGCGCCCCCUCUUCCGGCCCCGCCGAAAGGUAGCUCCGCUUCAAACCUUGUUCCCCUUGGACGGAAAAAAAUCCUGCCUACGCGACGCGAUCGCGUAGGUCCUGCAAAUGAUGUUGCUUCUGCUCUCAAUAGUGCCUUUGGAUCGAACGCCACCACGGGUGAGCUUAAUCACGGCAUUGAAGUAGACACCGACAAUAUGGAUGUCGACGACGAGCCCAAGCCUCAGCUGAUGAUGCUGUCGCUGAAGAAUAAAAACAAGAAGAAGGGCUUCAAGCAGUCGAUGGCGGCCCCGAUACCGAAAAAAAUUGUAUUUGGAGAUGCAGAAGAUGUCCAGCCGACUCUGGUUGAUGUGGUCCCUUCUCCUUCUCAGCAGGAGUACGUGCGUCUUAUACCGCCUUCUGAAAUUCAAGGUCGCGGUGAGCUCCCGCCAAACAUGUUCGUCACAAGCGUGGACGUUGAGCGGGGGCUCUGGGACGUGGUCAAGGAACACCGCAAGCCGAAGAAUAGCAAGAAGAAAAAGAACAAAGAGGCGACAUGGGCUGAUCUGUGGUUUGAAGAGCCGCAGGUACAAGGUAAAGUGGCGAAACUCGUUUUUGCUGGGCCACGUCAAGAGGUGACGGAUAACUGGAAGGAAGAGGAGGUGGUGGAAGAAGCAGUAGUCUCGGGAUCGACACCUUUCGACUGGGAUCUCGCGGAGAAGGUGUGGGGGACGAGUUUUGAAGUAAAAAGCCCGGAUCAGCUCGCGGUUGGUGGCUUGGUUGGGUGGAAGGAACUUGGCCUGAACCCACAAACAUUCUCCCCGGAAAAUCUCUUAUUUGUUGCCAAAAUCACUCAAAUUGAGGGCACACAGUACACUAUCCGACAACUCCUGCGUCCAGGGGCUGGGUUAUCUGGAUUUGAUGUAGUGGGGAAGGAGGAGGUGGUGAGAACUUUUUAUUCAAGUCACUUCAUGAGUAAGCACCACCAGCAAUUCGAUGCGAAAGGCUCCCUAACGCAUCGACGCGCUCCACCUCUGCCUAGUGCCUCACACCAAUACCAAGGUUCGCGGUUCCGACAACUGAGGGUGAAAGAGGAGGGAGGGAGGAACAGAGGUGGAAGUCGAGAGCGAGAGAUAGAAAUUGAUAACAGAAGCAGGAAGUACGUACGAGCCAAGGCACAACUUGACUCGAGUUCAUCUCGCUUUGCGGCACCGUAA